AUGGCGAAUGCAAGAACACUAAGGGAGUUGACUGCUCCAGAAUUGCCCCAGCAGCCUUUGUGCAUCACAUUUCCAACAUUGGCUGAAAAUACCUCAUUCGAAUUGAAGUCAGGGCUAAUUCACCUAUUACCCACGUUUCAUGGCCUCUCAGGUGAGGAACCCCAUAAACACAUCCAAGAGUUCGAUGUGGUAUGCUCCAGUAUGAAGCCUCUUGGAAUUACUGAGGAGCAGAUCAAACUCAGGGCCUUUCCUUUUUUCCUUAAAGAUGCAGCAAAGGAUUGGUUAUACUAUCUACCUGCAGGUAGUAUUACAACAUGGGCCCAACUUAAGAAGAAAUUUUUGGAAACAUUCUUCCCUGCAUCCCGGGCUGCAAGUCUAAGAAAAGAGAUAUGCAGCAUUAAUCAGUAUCUUGGAGAAUCUCUAUAUGAUUACUGGGAAAGGUUCAAUAAGUUGUGCACUAGAUGCCCACAGCAUCAAAUUAGUGAACAACUAUUGAUCCAAUAUUUUUAUGAGGGACUCCAGUCGUCCGACAAGAGUAUUAUUGAUGCUGCGAGUGGGGGAGUCCUGGCGAACAAGACACCACGAGAAGCAUGGAUACUCAUUGAAUCUAUGGCGAAAAAUUCUCAACAAUUUGAUUUCCGGGAGAGAAACCCUACCCGUAGGGUUAAUGAGGUAGAGGCGUCGUCCAUUCAGCAGUCCAUUCAGCAGCAGUUAUCUAAGUUAACGUCUUUCGUGCGGCAAUUAGCCGUGGGGAACGUGCACCAAGUUAAGGCCUAUGGAAUCUGCACAAAUGUAGGCCACCCCACUGACUCAUGCCCUAUGCUGCAAAAGGAUGGGGCUGAACAAGUGAACAUGGCUGGAGGCGUGCCCGCGCCUCGUAGACAGUAUGAUCCAUACUCCAACACAUACAAUCCAGGUUGGCGAGACCACCCCAAUUUUAGUUAUGGUAAUAAGCCACAGACUUCAUUUUCUAAUCGUCUACCAGGAUUCCAACAACCGUGGCAACAAAAGUUUCAACCCUCGCCCCCCAAUUCAGGAAGUUCUUUGGAGGAAAUUGUCAAGAGUUUGGCCACGACCACCACUCAAUUCCAGCAGAACACCAAAGCAUGCAUGAAAGACAUGGAGACUCGAAUGAAUCAAAUGGCAACUGCCAUUAAUCGCCUGGAGUCCCACGUCUAUGGAAAAUUGCCUUCACAGCUUGAGGCAAACCCCAGAAAUGUAAGUGCCAGGGCAUUAAGGAGUGGCAAAUAG